CCGGGGCGGGAUUUCCUGUGCUUUAAGGAGUCUGGCUGCAAAAGUGGUUGGAGUGCCGAUCGCGCGGGUCCAUGGGCUCCCGAGGCCCUAUGUUUGUGGAAAGGGGGUCCGAGAGGACGUUCCUUACUUUUUCCGUCGCGCGACGCCUUCAUUUGCGCGAAAGCUCUGGGCUUUUGUCGCCACCGCCCACCUGAGGCUCUUCCGCUUCCCCUUUUUCCCAGGCUCCGCCCCCAGCGUCCCGUGGCUAUGACGACCGCUCCGCGGGAUUCAGUGGUGUGGAAGCUCGCCGGACUGUUGCGGGAGUCGGGGGAUGCUGUCCUCUCUGGCUGUAGCACACUGAGCCUGCUGACACCCACACUGCAACAGCUGAACAGAGUGUUGGAACUGUACCUGGGACCAUGGGGCCCAGGCCAGUCAGGCUUUGUGGCUCUUCCCUCCCACCCUGCCGACUCACCCGCCAUUCUCCAGCUUCAGUUCCUCUUCGACGUGCUGCAGAAGACACUGUCACUCAAGCUGGUCCACAUCCCUGGUGUUGGCUCUCCAGGGCCCAUCAAGAUUUUCCCCUUCAAGUCCCUUCGGCAGCUGGAGCUUCGAGGAAUCCCCAUCCACAGCCUGCAUGGCCUCCGGGGUGUCUACUCACAGCUGGAGUCUCUGGUUUGCAGCAGGAGCAUCCAGGCACUAGAGGAGCUCCUGUCGGCCUGCGGUGGUGACCUCUGCUCUGCCCUCCCCUGGCUAGCUUUGCUUUCUGCCAACUUCAGUUACAAUGCACUCAGCAACUUAGACAGCUCCCUGCGUCUCCUGUCAGCUCUACGCUUCCUCAACCUGAGCCACAAUCAUAUCCAGGACUGCAAAGGCUUCCUGAUGGAUCUAUCUGAACUGUGUCAUUUGGACAUCUCCUAUAACCACCUGUGCUCAGUGCCAAGAAUGGGACCUUCAGGGGCUGCUCUGGGGACUUUGAUACUGCGAGCCAAUGAGCUUCGGAGCCUUCAGGGUCUUGAGCAGCUGAGGAACCUGCGGCACCUUGAUGUGGCCUAUAACCUUCUAGAAGGACACAUGGAGCUGUCACCACUGUGUCUGCUGGCCGAGCUCCGUAAGCUCUAUCUGGAAGGUAACCCUUUGUGGUUCCACCCUGCACAUCGAGCAACCACUGCUCAGUACCUGUCGCCUCGGGCCAGGGAGGCUGCUCCCGGUUUCCUGCUUGAUGGCGAGGUUUUAUCACUGAAGGAUCUUCAGACUUCAGAAUCUUCAGGCCUUGGUCCCAUGGCCCAACCUCCGUCCUGGCCAGUUGGGAGUACCCCUGAAACCUCAGGCGGCCCUGAGCUGAGUGAUAGCCUCUCCUCUGGAGGCAUUGUGGCCCAGGCCCCACUUCGUAAGGUUAAAAGCCGAGUCCGUGUGAGGCGGGCUAGCAUCUCUGAGCCCAGUGACACAGACCCAGAGGUCCGAACUCUGGACCCCUCCCCGGCUGGAUGGUUUGUGCAGCAACACCGUGAACUGGAGAUACUGACCAGCUUCCGGGAGCGGUUUGGCUGUGACUGGCUACAGUAUAGGAGCCACCUGGAGACUUUGGGGAGCCCCCCUCUUACCACCACCAAGACUCCUGCCCUCAGCACCCUUCCGCUGGAUGCCCAGAGCCUGGAGACUGCAUGCAGCCCUCCAGCCACAGGGGAAGGCACCAAGGAAUCCCCACGGAAGGUGUCAGAGGACAGCAAGGUGGAACCAGAGCCCCAUGAAGAAGAGAGGGAAGAACGGGAUGAUGAAGAGCCAUCGAGAGAGGACCUAGAGGAGGAAGAGGAGCAGGAGCAGAAGGAAGUGGAAGCCGAGCUCUGUCGUCCCAUGUUGGUGUGUCCCUUGCAGGGGCUUGGGGGCGUGCAGGACAAGGAGUGCUUUCUCCGAGUCACUUCUGCCCACGUGUUUGAAGUGGAACUCCAAGCAGCUCGGACUCUGGAGCGGCUGGAGCUACAGAGCCUGGUGGCAGCUGAGCUAGAGUCAGAGACUGGGACCGAAGGAGAGCCAGUAUCUGAGGGCUCAGGUCCACCCCUUGGAGCUCCGGUUCUUGUCCUGCGCUUUUCCUACAUUUGUUCUGACCGGCAGUUACGUCGCUAUGCUGUCCUGGAGCCUGAGGCCCACGAGGCCAUCCAGGAGCUACUGGCUGUGCUGACUCCAUUCACCAAUGUGAAAGAGCAGCGGCCUGAGGAGGUCAAGGACGCACAGGGGCCCAGAUUCCAGUGUCUGCGCUGCAGCUGUGAGUUCAAGCCAGAGGAGCCCAGGUUGGGACUGGAGAGUGAAGAAGCUGGAAGCCGGAAGCCUCUGUUUCAAAGUACAGAAUCUCCUAUUGUAUGUCCGAACUGUGGGAGUGACCAUGUGGUUCUCCUGGCUGUGUCUGGAGAAGUCUCUAGUAGAGAGCAGAGCCAGGAAGACAAAUCACCAGAUUCUUCCUGGUCCCCUGACCCCACCUGUGACCUUGCUGACCACAGUGGUCAUCCCAGUGCGUCUGAUGGCAUUUCACCUCAGGCAUCCACAUCCCAUGGCCGUAGCAGCUGGAGCCUCAGCCCAACCCCUGGACGCUCUGGUCUUCGUUCUGUGGACCACCGACUCCGGCUCUUCCUGGAUGUUGAGGUGUUCAAUGACUCUGAGGAGGAGUUCCAGUGCUGCACUAAGGUGCCAGUGGUGUUAGCAGGCCACCCGGGGGAGUUUCUUUGCCUUGUGGUUGUGUCUGACCUCAGGCUUUACCUGUUGAAGGUGACAGGGGCCAUCAGUGGGCCUCCUGCUAACUGGCUCCAGCCCAUCCUGGCCAUUCCUCUGCACGAUCUGAGUAGCAUGGAGCUUGGCCUCGCAGGCCAGAGCCUUCGGCUGGAGUGGGCGGCUGGGACUGGAAGCUGUGUGCUACUGCCCCGAGAUGCUGGCCAAUGCCGCGCCUUCCUUGAGGAGCUCACUGGUGUUUUGCAGUCUCAGCCUCGCACACAGAGGAACUGCAUCAGUGCAACAGAGGAGGAAGUGACCCCACAGCAUCGGCUCUGGCCAUUGCUGGAAAAAGAUUCUUCUGCAGGGGUACCCCAGUUUUUCUACCUUCGGGCCUUCCUGGCUGAAGGCUCCUCUACCUGCCCGGUGUCCCUGUUGAUGACGUUGUCCACCCUCUACCUGGUAGAUGAAGACCCUGCAGGGUCCCAGACACAAUCCCCACUCCCAGUGGUGUCUGAUGAAGCCUCUGAGCAGCCCGCUGCUCCGGAGCCAGGGCCUUCCAUGCACGUCAGGGAACAGCAGGCACUCAGCAGUCUGAGCUCUGUGCAGCUGUAUCGCACAAGCCCUUUGGACUUGCGGCUGAUCUUCUAUGACGAGGUGUCUCGACUGGAGAGUUUCUGGGCACUCCGUGUCGUGUGUGGGGAGCAGCUGACAGCCCUGCUGGCCUGGAUCCGGGAGCCCUGGGAAGAACUGUUUUCCAUUGGACUCCGGACCGUAACCCAGGAGACUCUAGACCUCGACAGAUGAGGCGCCUACAGUGAGCUGAGCUUGCACUGACUCAGGAGUUGCAGAAACCCCUUCCCCUGGUCUCCGGGUCUGUCUGCUUGCCUAGCUGCGGUGGGCCACUGCCUAGAGCGACCCCAGAAGAGAUGACCCAGAGCUUAAGAGAAGGACACAAUCAUGAGCUGGCCCUUGGGUGACCUGCCUAGUAGAACAGGCUAAGUGGUCAGUGAAAACAUCUUUCCGGCACUUUCUCUCAGGUAUCAGUAAAGUUGUUCCAUGUCAGGUGUCAUGGCUGGUACAUGGAAAUGCCUCCCAUAAAGCCUGCCACCCCUCAAUCUCUUCCUGGAAGUAACCUUGUUUGCACUAUGAGACCUGUCUCCAGUCCUGUUCUGUCAAAGUAGGACUAGUGACCCUGAUGCCCCCAGUCCUCAAGGGGAUUGUGACCUAUCAUGUGGCCUUCCUUGCAUGAGAUCACUGCCAGUCAAAUAGCUGGACCUCUUUAGAUUUUUUGCCACUCUUUUUGAGACAGGGUCUCACUCUGAAAUUUUGGCUGGCCUGGAACUUGGUAUGUAGACCAGGCUGGUCAUGAACUCACAGAGACCUGCCUGUUUCUGCCUUCUAAGUGCUGGGAUUAAACACAUGAGCCAUCAGUUGUGAGAGAAUUGUGACCCUCCCCCGCCCUCCCCGACCCCAAAGUUUACAUUUUAAAUAGAGACCUGUAAUAAAAAGUGAGAUAUUGUCGUUGCCGACUCUGUAAGUCACCUCUGGAGCCAAACAUUGUACCUGUCCAAAAAUACCAAUGAGUAUACAUGUGUAUGUACACAUUUCCCCUAAAAAUGACUAGUUAGUUCAGCUGUUCAACCAGGAGAGGGAUUCUUAGAGUUAGUUUCUCCUAAGCAGUGCCCUGUCUGGUCUGGUGGGAGGCGGAGGAGGAAAUGCUGUGUCUUGGGACUGACCAGUGGGAGGUGCCGCUGGAACAGCUGUCCUCCGGUAAGGUCUGCAGCAGAUCCAGACAGGCCUGGUGGGAGGCUCACAGAGCCAUCUCACCUACUUCUGUUUUGCUCAGAGCUGCCCUGAAUUCUUAAUUGAAGUAAAUUAGAACUUCCCAAAAAUAUUAGUCUACUUUCUUAGCAGUGUGCAUGUCACCAUCCCGUCUGUCUGGAAGCAGGAAGCCGAGGAAGUCCUGACCCGCCUCCAGCCAAAAGCCACCUCCUUGCACAGAUCUCUUAGCAAGUACAUCCCUAGAAACGGGUCACAGUACAGACGGGACAGAAUCUCCAGUCACUUAGGCUGACUUGCAAGGAAGCAUAAGUAGGCCUGGGGAGUCAGGUCAAUUCUUUGUGCUUCUAGUUUCUGGAAACUUCUUCGUUUAGCAAUAGCAGUC